CAACAGCCUAUUGCAAACUAUUGCUUAUGGUAGGGUCCCUUUCUAUCCUUGCUUCUUUAAGUGCACAUGUCCAGCUCUUGCAGACACGAGGUCACCUCUUGACUAACUGGAUGUGUUUUGGGAAAUCUUUUUCUUCAAUUCCUAGUGAACAAUGAACAUCAUUGGUUUUCUGAAAUCUCAGUUCAUUUUCCACCUUUUUAUCAGCUACGUUUUUAUUGGAACAGGACUAAUAAUCAACUUUAUUCAACUCCUUACUCUUCUUAUUUGGCCUUUUAACAAACAGUUAUACCGGAAGAUCAACUGCCGACUGGCAUACUGCAUAUCAAGCCAGCUGGUGAUGUUGUUGGACUGGUGGUCAGGCACUAAUUGUACACUUUAUUCUAACCUUGAAAACUACCCUAAAUAUGGCAAAGAGAAUGCCAUAGUAGUUCUCAAUCACAACUUUGAAAUUGACUUUCUAUGUGGUUGGAACUUUUGCGAAAUAUUUGGUGUUUUAGGGAGUUCAAAAGUAUUGGCAAAGAAGGAACUUUCCUACGUCCCUGUUAUUGGGUGGAUGUGGUAUUUUCUUGAGAUUGUAUUCUGCAAGAGAAAAUGGGAAGAAGACCGGAAGACAGUUAUGCAGGGUUUACAUAAUCUUAGGGAUUACCCUAAAAAAUUCUGGUUUUUAAUUCAUUGUGAAGGCACCCGAUUCACAGAGAAAAAGCGCAUAAUCAGUAUGCAAGUAGCAGAAGCCAAAGGCCUUCCCAAGCUGAAGUACCAUCUACUGCCACGAACAAAAGGAUUCACCAUUACUGUGCAAUGUUUGAGAAAUGUAGUUUCUGCUGUUUAUGAUGCUACCCUCAAUUUCAGAAAUAAUGAAAACCCAACAUUGCUUGGAAUUUUAAAUGGAAAGAAAUACCAUGCAGAUAUGUAUGUAAGGCGGAUCCCAUUGGAGGAAAUACCUGAAGAUGAACAGGAGUGUGCCAGUUGGCUUCAUAAGCUCUACCAGGAAAAGGAUGCCUUUCAAGAGCAGUACUAUAGGAUGGGAGAGUAUCCUGAAACGGCUGUUGUUUGCCCACGAAGUCCAUGGCCGCUUGUGAAUUGGCUUUUUUGGGCCUCACUUCUUUCAUAUCCUUUAGGUAAAGCGCUUGCUAAUAUGAUCAGCGGUGGAUCCUAUCUGACACUGGCCAUCUUUGCACUUUUAAUUGUAGUUGUUUCCGUGGGUGUCCGAAGGAUGAUAGGAGUCACCGAAAUAGACAGGGGCUCAACUUACGGCAAUCAUGAAAACAAGCAGAAGCAAACCUAGCUGCUUAUUUAAAGACUUCUUAGACUACAAAGGGAACACAUUCUGAACACUUAGCUACUUCCUAGUGAAAGGGUUUUUCACUAUUCUAUAAGCUGAAGGGGUUAAUAAGUGACAUAUCAUCUACAUGUAAAACAGGUCUUGGAAAGAAACUCUUUUUUUUUCAACUGUGACAAUCCCCUUUGGAUGGAUCUCUGGUCUAGAACACUGGAAAACUAAGACGGCACUGAGCUACAUUUGCAGUACUAGAAAACUAGUAAAAUAAACUGUUAUUCAAGCUUG